GGUAAUGUGGGGUCACCUAGCUGUCCAGAUCCUCUAGCAUAACUAGACUGCAUUAUCUGCAACCCCAAGAAUGCUGAGCAUUUUCUGCAGAGGGGAAGUUUCAUUUCUUGCUCUCAUUCAGACCCCUACCCUCAGUACUGUUCCUUGGAGCUUUUAAAAUAAAACUGCAAGCUGCUCUUCUACGCAAAUCUGUUUUUAACUUGGUCAACCUUCUUCAACCAUACUUAACCAUCCUAGUAGAAAAUACUGCUCAUCAUCCAGACAAGGGAGUGGGUUUUGCCCCGGAUGCACUGCGGUUACCCAGGCUCAAGAAGCUUGGUGAGUGACUGAGAGAAAUGCUUGAAAUCCCAGUGAGUGCAGACCUCAUGGUUCAUGCCUGGAAAUGGGCUGUGCUGCAGGGAGGGGAAGUGGUGGGGGCUCAGCCGCAGAGCAGCAAAGUGUGCAGAUGGGUGAAAUCCUGAGGUAGACUUUAACUGCUGUGCUCUUCAGCACAGUCCUUGCUAGUGGUAAAUGCACAGCAGAUAGUGAAGCAGCAUAAGGAGUGCUGGGAUCAGAGCACAAACAUCUUCCUCCUUCUACUCUCCUCUACCUUCUACCCUGAGUAGCACAGAGAAUGAGGCUGUGGUCAGUCCAUAAUGCCUGUAUCUGCCGCUCUUCCGUGGUCACUCUCUGCCCCCAUUCCACAUGGGAUGCCUCCUACAGAUGCCAUCCUUCCCAAUCUAAUUCCACGUGGGCUUCCCAUAGGCUACAGCUCUACAACCACAGCUCCAACAUGGCUCCAUACCACGGGGCCCACCUUUCAGGAUCUGCUCUACUGCUGGCUGUUCUCCACAGGUUGCAGCUUCAUCCCAGAGCCUCAUCUUGCAGCCCCCCUUCUACCAAACCUAGCUGUGUAAACCCAAUACACUCUGAAACUCAAGCACUUGCCUUCCAGCCUGACAUGCACUUUGCUUUCAUGGAAAUCCCUCUGUGAAAUCACUGACCCCAAUGCUGUGGGCCAGCAAUAUUGCAGAGGUCUCUGUGUGAUGAAUAAGGGUGGCACACAGCCCUGAGCUAUGAUUUUGAAGCUUGUAGCACUUGAUUUCCUCCUCCCAAGCUUUCUAUCUGGAAAGAUCUCCAUGACACACAUACUGUACGUUAUGCAUAUUGUAUGUCACAUAUACAGUAAUUAGGGCAUAGAAAUGCUUGUCAAAGAUAACAGUUGUACUAAACUCCUGCUAUAGCUCAGUGAGACAUCUGCUGACUGUCUUUAAGUACUUGGAGCCAGCAAUGAUGUAAAUUUGGGUUUGUAUGUUUGUCUGCACCUGAUGCAGGAUUAUAAAGCAGUUCUGAUGAAUGCUGCUGUUCCAAAGCUGCAUGCAGGCUGCACUGCUGCCUGUCCAUUUGACAUCACCUCACUUGCACUGGGAAUCUCCACAUCCUGCAGAGUGACUGAGCAACCAGGCACUGCUGAGUCACAUACAGAGCUUUGGUUAUUCUUGCAUCACUGCAGUGUUGCAACCAAGCAGCCUUCAGGGCAAAUUGAGCAGAUCAGGACAGAGGAAGUGACGUGAAGCAGGUGGAAGGGGCAACCCUACAUGACUGCCAGCACACACUCAACUGUAGCAUCAGCAUGCUGUUCAGUUUGUGUGGACUCAAGAAACAACCCCAUGGCCACACAUGGAGUCAGUUCAUGGGAAUGGCCCACUGAAAAUAGACCUGAAAUAAAAGUGCAUUAUCUUCAUCUAGACCAUCUCCCCAAGGCCCUUGCUGCAUACUCCCAAGUGCCAGACCGCAAUGGAUCAAGGUCAUAGCAACUGAAGAAACCCUGGAGCCGUGGGGCAUUGAUCCCAGGCGCAGCUGAGUGCACUUAAACUCUUGGCCCCCUCCCCUCCUUUGCACCUCCCUGCUCAGUUCACCCAUCUGCACCAGGUUGUGAAACCACAUCCUUGAUUCAAGGUUUGGAGGAAAAGAGUGAGAAAUAUAACCACAGUGUUGCAAGCUACUUAACACAGUAGUCUCUCCUUUCCCCAGCAUCACCCUAAUAGGAGCUCAACACUGCUGUGCUGCCUGCCCAAACCUAUGCCAGGGGCCACCACUGGAUGGGACCUGCCAGCUCUGCUCUGCUCUUUUGCAGAGCUUCAGCUCAAGGGGUUGUACCUCCUAGGAUGCCCUUUGAGGUGGCUCUUCUCAUGCUGAUAGCUUGACAUCUGCGGGUGCUUUUCCUGUUUCUCUUUGUAACUCAUUGUAAAGUAAGUAAAACAGCUAUCUCCCCAAUGCUUCUCAGUGUCCCCAAAACAAGAUGAAACAAAGCCUGCUCUUGUUCAUGAUGCAGGUGUUCAUGAUAAAUCCAUCUUUGUUUUUGCCUUAAUGCCCAGCCCUUUGACCAAGGGUCACGUCAGAGAUGAUGAGUGCUUCCAUGACUCGUGCCUGGAUUUCCAUGGCCAGGUCCUUGCCCAGGAGAUCCAGAAAUCCCUGGGGCCUACCCAACCAUGACCCUGGAGGCUACAUGCCAGGAGUAUCACCAUCUGCUCCUCCAAGUUCUUGUGCUCAGUGGCCAGCACCAUGUUGGACACAGCUGGGUUUAACCCAAUGGCAUCAUGGAACUCUCUGCUGCAGCUCACCUGCACCUGGGAAGUGGCAGAUCCUACAAUAGCAGAGAGAAUCAUAGAAUCAUCAAGGGUGGAGAAGACCCCUAAGAUCAUCUAGUCCAACUCUCAGCCCAUGCCCACCAUGCUCCUCGCUGCCACAUCCACACGGUUCUUGAACACCUGCAGGGACUGUGACUCCACCACUUCCUGGGCAGCCUGUCCCAGUGCCUCACCACUCUUUCUGAGUAGAAAUUUUUGCCCAAGAGGGAGAUGUUUAAAGCUUACCGUUGUCUUUCUCCAAAGGCUGUGCCAUCUUUUAGGGAUCUCACGCUAAAAGGAAAGGAUGUGCUACAUGUCCCAGUAAGCUCAUCCAGUCCAAGGUCAACAGGAAGUGGUUUACCAUCACAGGAGCUUUACACUGGACAAAAACAUCAUGCUGGCCAACCUGGUCCUCCAUUAACAACCCAAAACACAUGGCUUUUUUUGCUAGCAAAUUGGAGCAUGAGAGUAAACACUGCAAUGGCAAAGGAAUCCAGCGGCCAGGCUCCUCUGCCUUUGAACGUGUCUACACUGCCAACCAAAACUGUGGGCACACGUACCCUACGUUUCUUGCCGUGCUUUGGUGCGCUGGGCUUCUCUGCAGCCAAGCACCCGCCGCCUUUGCUGGCCUGAUGUACUUGUUUGUGAGGCAGAAGUACUUUGUGGGCUACUUGGGGGAGAGGACCCAGAGCACACCCGGGUACUUGUUUGGGAAGCGCAUCAUUCUGUUCCUGUUCCUCAUGUCUGUGGCCGGUAUACUGAACUACUAUCUCAUCUACUUCUUUGGAAGUGACUUCGAAAUUCACAUAAAGACGAUAACCAGCGCCAUCUCACCACUGCUUCUCAUUCCCUAGCUCCUCACAGUGCCCAGGGGUCAGCGUGCUUCACAUAUCAAUAUCCAGAAGCAGCUAUAAUUCAGCUGUUUAAGAAAUAAACCUAUAACCCUUUCAAAUUGCUGUAAAUCUAAUGCUCAGUGGGCUUUGUAGCUUGAUUUAACCUUGCUUUUUCCUUCAGGAAAAAGAUUUAUUGUGAGCACUCAGCAUGCUCAAGGAACAGUAACAACUUCCAGUUAAUUCAUCAGAGUUUUUUCAUUAAACUGCAUUUUGAAAGCCAGUUGCAUGACUGUAAGGGGCAUUUUAUGCUUUCAUUGUAACUGUGUUCCUUAAUGCUCAUGAUGAAAGCCAGGAGCCUCUGAGCUUCAUCCUUGAAGGAUGUGCAGCCACAACCACGUCCUGAUGCAGGUUUUCAUCAUCACCCUUCACCCAUCUGCCUAUGCAAAUGCACAGGACAGCCUCUUCUCUCACCCUUUCCCUUGCAUUUGUUGGUGAUUGAGAGCAGGACAGCAGGCUGGCCCCUGUCUGGUUUUCCUUGAUCAAUAUUCAUGUGUGUAAUGCUCCCAGCACUGAUCUCAUCCAUACCUCAGCCUGGCUAUCCUCCCAGAGCUGUGGAAAGGGGCCUUACAUCAAUGAGGAUCUGUUAAAUUGACAGCAAGAUUGGCUUUGUUUUGCUUAGCUUAAUAAAACAGCCUGAAAGGAUGAAA